AUACAAAACAAAAUUCAAAGAACCCCCUUUGAGUUCUGUUGUGUCCCCGCUCACGUUUAGCCUCUAAUCCCCUGAACGAUCCCUGUCCAUCAGUUCUCUCCCUACUGAUUGAUGAAUUACUCAAGUAUUCUGCAUUCUUUGUCCUCAGCUCUUUCAUUAUUCAUUUUCUCUGGCCACUUGCCUUUACGACCCAUUACAAUCAUUUAUAGAUCUGACGUCUUUCCGAAUAUUGUCUAUUUUAAAUCAUUCUUGACACUCCAUCUUCCAAUAUAUAUAUUCGAAUCCCUGUCACGCAGAUCAACCCAACCUUUUUUCGACUACUAUGGCAAAGUUUUCUCUAUCGAGCACGUCACCGUACAAGUGGUUGGCACUAUAUUUUGUGCUCAACUUAUUUCUUACGCUCUACAAUAAAGUUAUACUGAUGGACUUUCGAUAUCCAUGGACCUUAACUGCAGUUCACACCUUCUGUUCUGCAAUUGGAGCUACUACAUUAUGGUUAAGAGGAUCAUUUACGCCAACUAAACUUUCAUUUCAAGAAAAUGUGGUAAUGCUUGCUAUUUCCGUUUUAUACACCAUCAACAUCGCCAUCAGUAACGUAUCUCUUAACAUGGUCAGCGUUCCGUUUCAUCAAGUUGUCAGAGCUAUGACCCCGAUAUUUACAGUGAUGAUAUCCAUUUUAUUUUUGCGGACAACCUACUCUAAAGCAAAGUAUUUGGCUUUGCUACCGGUUAUCUUUGGGGUUGGAUUUGCAACAUUUGGCGAGUACGAUUUUACUUUGCUAGGAUUCUUGCUGACCGUUCUGGGAACUGGGCUAGCAGCAUUGAAGACAGUGGUUACCAAUCGCGUGCAAGUCGGACGCCUCAAGUUACAUCCACUGGAUCUUUUACUUCGUAUGAGCCCUAUCGCCUUUGUCCAAACAGUCAUUUACUCAUACUUUACUGGUGAACUGCACGAAGUUCGACAGUUCGUCACCACUAAUAUGCAUGCUGGCGUGUAUGUGGCACUGCUGUUCAACGGUAUUGUUGCAUUUUCUUUGAAUGUGGUUAGCUUCACUGCAAACAAGCAGGCUGGUCCAGUGACAAUGACAGUAGCAGGCAAUGUGAAGCAGGUGCUUUCGAUUGUGCUUGCUAUCUUUAUUUUCAAGCUACGCAUAAACCCUACCAACGCGUUCGGCAUCCUGCUUACCCUCUUUGGAGGUGCAUAUUAUGCACUAGUGGAUGCAAAGGAAAACAGGAAACCAUUGUUACCGAGUUUUGAAAAGCCAAAAUCGCUUACUGAGGAAUCCAUGAUUGAUCUCAUUAUCUCGGAGAAUAGCUCUUCGAGCAAUUUGUACGAAAACCUCACAGAAACACGGCAAUAUCGAAUGAUACAAUAGCUUUUCCAAUUGAAUGUAGUUUGCAUAUCUUGCAUCGAGUCCAACAUAGCAUCCCACUUUCCCAAUAUAAAUAUACAAAAUCAAUGCUUAACCACGUUGUAGUUGGCGGUCCAUCAAUGAAUCAACAAUUGGAACAAAAUCAAAAAAAAACU